UGUCCACCUGAUGCCAUUGCAAAUGCUAUUGAAUGUGGAAAAAGCGAAAGUGAGAUGCUUGAUGGUUGCCGUGCACUCUUAGCCAUAACAACUGUAACAACGCCUCUUGUGUUUGACCAAUUGUUGAAGUCCAUAAACCCAUUUGGUACUCUUAGCCUGUUGUCUGCCUUGACAUGUGAAGUUGUUAAAGUCCUUAUGGCUAAUUUUACCGUAGAGGAGACGUGGAGUUGGGUGGCACGGGAUAUCUUAUUAGAUACUUGGACUGCAGUUCUCAUGCCAGCGGAUAACACAGGUCUGAAGCUUCCACCAGAAGGGGUCAAUGCUGCAGCCAAUCUAUUCUCCUUGAUUGUAGAGUCUGAAUUAAAGGCGGCUUCAGCAUCGGCCUUCAUUGAUGAGAGUGAAUCUGAAUACAUACAGGCUUCUGGCAUGGAUGCAAGGUUAAGUUCUUAUGGUCUUAUUGCCUGAGCAGCGAUUGAUGCCACCAUUCCUUUACUCACUAGAUUAUUCUCUGAGCGUUUUGCGAGGCUUCAUGAGGAAAGAGGCACAAAAGAUCCCACAGAAACUCUGGAAGAGCUUUACUCACCGUUACUACUAAUGGGCCACAUUCUUGCAGAUGAAGGGGAGGGAGAAAUGCCUUUGGCAUUGAUUUAUUUUUUCCAUCCUGCUACUAUUGCCAUCUCGAUUUUCCUCUUAGAAACCGUGUUGGGUAAUUCUACUUAUCUAUCUGUUCUGAAAUUUAAAUAUCUUAAAACAUUCAACUCGAAUCCAAUUGGGAAUGAAUAGAGACGUCGCCUAGGCUCAUAGUCUAGUUUUUGGGGUAUUAAAUAAUCCCUGAGAGACAAGAUCUAUCAGUCCUCACGUUCGACCCUUCUCAAAUAUGGAGAGGUAAAACAAAAGAUCCAUAACAUGGGGUCACAAAGGAACAAGGUGCACUUAAUGCACAAACAAGGGGACAAUCAAUCAACAAAGUUUUAAAGCGUCCAAAGGCCUAGCUCCAAUACUAUGAUAAAGCAACCAACUCAAAUAUAUUGAAAAUGAGUGGAGAGGCUACCCAAGCUCAUAUACUAGUUAUGCAGCUAAUAAAUAAUCUAUGUUAGACAAGCUCUAACAAGAUAGUGCUUAUCUGAGGUUUUUCACAUUUAAUGUCCAUGACAUUCUGGUCUGGCAAUUGCAGAUUUAUACUAUGUGGUAUUUGGAAUGCUUCAAAAAGUCAAAUCAUAUGUAUAUUACAAGUUCAUUGGUAGCUACUAACGUACCAAUACCACAUGCAUCUAACUGGUGUUAUUUCACAGCUGCGUGGGGCUUAUUAUUUGCUAGCUUCCAAGUCAACAUUUACUUAGUCCGUCCCAAAUUCUUGAUCCAUCUUCCCAUUUUGGGAUGUCCCAAAUUGUUAGUCCUCUUAAAAUUCACAACUGAAAAUCUUUAUUUUUUUCAGAAGUAUCCCUCACCAAUGGAUAUGAAUGUUGUAAAAUUUGCAAGGGUUUAUGUGCUGCACCCUGCAGUCGCAGAUGCUCAACCACCUAAGAUGAAUCAAUAGGCUCUUGUAUGCAAUUAUUCUUGUUGAUUUAGUUAUUUUGUUUAUCGAUUGUCAUGUCUUUGUAUCUCCCUACUUAUCUAUGAGUGUCAAACAUCAAUGCUGCAUCUAAUUCUGGUUUUUAGUUUUUUUCUCUUCUGAAAACUCAAAUCUUAUACUGUUGUUAUCAAUCUAAUACCUUAGAAGUCAGCUCAAAUCUUUAUUUUUUUUCAGAAGUAUCCCUCACAAAUGACUCCUAAGUGAGGAUUCCAUAUGACAUGAAUAGUCCGCAUUUAUUUUUCAAUUUCGUCUGCAUGGGCUCUCCCAGCAAGCUCUGAAGAAUGGCUUCCAAAUUUUGGCUGCCAAAGAUUGGGUUACACUAGUCAUAUAUUUAGGACUGGAAAGAAAGAGAGAGGGAGAGUUUAAGAAAGAUAGGGUAGGGGUACCUUCACUUUUUACAUUCUAUAUGUAUUAUGUACGCUUCUAACACACUUUUGCUACUCCAUUACCAAAUGAUUACAAAUCCUUUUUAAAAAAAUAGGUACCAAUAUCAUCACUUUCUGUCACAUAACACAGUAAAGGAGCCAAAUUUGGCCAUCAUAUUGGAGAUGCUGAAGUAUAUUUUGGUUGUGAAUUGCUAUGUAGCACGGACUCGG